AGCCACCUGUGUUCUUUUGUCCUUGCAGCUUUACGUGCAAGCACGAGAUGCUGUCCCCGCAAGCUUUUGAAUUUCGCGCGCUACGGACUCCCGCGGUUGCAGUUGCCAUUUGGUGUCGCUAGUUUCGCACAUAGUGAUUGCUGAUGGCGGUAAAGCGUGUGUUGAAAAGCUUUGGUGUAUCUUUCUAGAUUUUGACAGUGGUUCCUGUUACAACGUGUCAUGCCUCGGAAACGAAAGAUGAAUACCUCUCGUGUUGCUGUACCUGCGACAGACAUAAAAGAUACCAAGAAGGAAAAGCAGGAUGAGGAGAAACUGGAGAAACUUACAGGUCCUCAACAGCACCUGAGGGAGAUAGGAAAUAUUGUUAUGAAGAGCAAAGCUGGCCUAUUUUCAUCGAAUAUAUUCUGCAAAGAAGUGCUGGAUGCUAUGACGCAGGACUUCGUGCAAAAUACGGUCGCAGAGAAAGAAACACCUGUUCCUCCAGCACCACGAAGAACCCCAAAAUCUAAAUCGGCGAAGCAUGCCCUAGCAACUAGUAUUCUUCUUGACGACUCUUCCUGUGAUGAGUCGGACACGGGUCUGUGUGACGUGUCGUACACAACUGAUCUGCAGGAUGAGCCCAUACAGCACUCUCAGACGACAUUGCAGAUGCUGGAGGACUUGGAGAAGUUGAAGAACGCGAGAGAUGAAAGCUAUGUCCUAUCAGAUGAUGACUCCUUGGAUGGUCUGCUGUGUCUAGAUGACUUACCAGAUAAGAUGCUGGUGAUGAUACAGUCAGAUAAGAAGCUCUUCAAAUACAGCAUGAAAAUGGAUGAAACAUUUGAAGGCAUAUUUGAGCAGCUUUCGAAGGAGUUUGAUGUCAAACCAUCGCGGAUUCUCUUAACCCUUGGGGAAGGCACUGUCCAAACGCAAGACACCCCGGCUUCCCUGGGCAUGACUGCACGCGAUAUUUUAGGCUGCAUCGUGAAAAAGUUUUCAUCACCCACUACCUCAGCGCCUGCGAUUAGGAAAGACCUGAUUAGUCUAAAGUUCCAGUGUAACAAUAAGCGGGUUCACCACACCAUAGACAUCGGAAAGGGGGAACAGCUGGAGGAAGCGCUGAAAAUUUUUGCGGAAAAGACGUCGUUGGACCUGUCAAAGAUGGUGGUAAAAUUUGACGGUGAGAAAGUGGACCCAGGGGAAUCGCCGGACGACCUCGGAAUCGAGGAUGGUGACUGCAUAGACAUCGUGAUCCGAUCGUGACACUCGUAACUUAAUGUCUGCCGCAGACUUGCUCAAGGCCCGCCCCGUUUCUUUUAUCCGAGCGUCUGCCGUUCAGUUGCGAAAUGUAUAUAGCAUAUAGGAGGUAACUAACUUGUAAAUAAUAUAUAGUAAAUGUGUAGAGGUACAGUAAAUGGUCUAACAUUCGGGCCGGAUGUGUUCUGCGUACCACGCGUUGCAUUUUAGCGAGUUACGCUUGCAUUGUGCUUACAUUGUUGCGGCAGUGUCGAUUAUUUCUUGUAGUGACAUCGGCGUAACUAGUGCAGAAGAGUGUAAAUGCUGCACAUGCUAACUUAUUCUAUAAUCUCAAGUAUUUGAGGAUUUUGUUUUGUUUGAUUCGUGCCUACUUAAUUUUUCUUCAAACUAUACAAAGUUUACAAUAAGGGGAUUGAGCUUCAUGGGGAAAGGCUUAAGCUUGUGAAAAAAAAGAAUCUCUCCUUUUCUCUUUCUGUCUGUCUACCAAGCCCAAGCUUUUCUUAUCAUGAAGCUUAUUCGCCAGCUUGAAUGCUUUAUGCCACCUUAUUUGCCUACGUGGCUUAUGAACGAAACCCAGUGCACGAUGACCGUUCUUCAAAUAGCCAACGUAACAUUAUACAAAUAUAUCAACAAAAAUAAAAAUGUGGAUGGACAACAAGACUAGAUAGGGGCACGGGCCAACACAUGGGAGUGGUCUUGGAAACAAUAUGAUUAACAAAGGUUAGUGAUCGUAUUGCUGUGCAACUUGGUAAAGUGUGGUAGAGCAGUGGGAAGGGCUCCCAGUGCCUUUGUCAUAGUGCAUCCUAACUCAAGGUAUGCUAUAUAAUGCUCUUUUUUCUUUGCUGUUAUAAAUGUUUAGCUCAAGGUGUUUAAAUUCACCUUUGGAGAUGAAUCCUUAAUAAAAAAAAUACCUUCAAAUCUGCA